AUGGUGAAGAUUGUGGAACAAGUAAAAAUACAAAUUACUGAGCUUGAGACGCAAAUGGAAACAACGACAAGACUAUUUGCAAUAAGCAAAGAAAAAAUUUCUGCAGCUCGUAGUUAUGCACAGACAACUGCUGAAGAACUCAUUCGUUUUUUGAAGGAGCACGAGAAGUGCGUUGUUACCGAGUUAGACGUUAUUGAAAAAAGACAAGAAAUAGACUAUGCAACACAAUUAGAAAGCAUGCAAGCAGCAGUCAACGAAUUGAAAUGUUCUGUGAAAAAUUGUGAGGAAAUCCUACACAGAGACGUUAGCUUAGAAACUCUACAAUCACAAACAAGUGACACUAAAAAAUGUAAAAGUGUUCUGAAAGAAACAAAAAUGGACAUUUAUGAGCCCUGUCAUGUCCACUACCAAUUAUUUGAGGAGUACAUUCGAGCGAUGAAAGGCGGAACUCCUGGCGACUUACUGUAUAGCAAAACGGAUCCUUCAAGGUCAUUUGUCAGAGAUAAUGACUUAAAACAACCUGAAGCUGGACGAACGAAGGAUUUUGACCUCGUUACAAUUGACUCAGAAGGGGAACAAUGCUACCAUGAAAUCGAUGAAAUCAAAGUGACAGUUCGGAGUCCGACGGGAAUGGUUCUCGACAGCAAGACUGAUAGCUGGAUGCCACGUGGGACGUACAGAGUCAGGUACACACCAGCAUGUGAUGGAGAACAUGAGGUGACAGUUUUAGUUAAUAAUCAACCAAUUUCUGGUAGUCCGUGGAAUGUAAGCGUGACUCCGCAUAAAUAUAGUUUCUUUCAUUACUUCGGGUUACCAGAGAAAGCACGCAAACAAUUCAAAGAACCCUGCGCUGUUGCAGUAGACAAAAACAAAAUGACAAUAGCAGUAGCUGAUAGAAAGGAACAAAGGGUGCAACUGUAUGAUUUUUGUAAUUCAGGGCAUCUUUCAGAUCUCGGUGAGAAGGGACCAGCGGCUAUAAGACUAACUGACCCCACCUCGGUUGCAUUCACCCAAUCUGGUGACGUCAUUGUCAUUGCCUCUGGUACCAUGUUUUGCUUUACUGUUAGGGGUAAUUUUCUUGGAUGUAUUAACAACAGAAAACUCCAGCUUCCAUUUUCAUUGAGUGUUACCAGCGAAGGCCGCCUCGUGGUGUGCGAUACCGGUGACAACUCAGUCAAGGUCCUCUCCCCUGAUGGAACAAAACUGUUACAGUCCUUUAGUGAUCCAGACUGUGAUGACUCCCCGUGGAAAGCUGUUUUUCACCAAGAUAUGUUCUUCGUGUCUUACCCCGAAGCUCAUUGUGUUAAAACAUUUAAUAAGGACGGGGACUUUCUCUAUGAUAUUGGCAAAGAAGAUGCAGUUGAAGGACAAUUGAGUCAACCUCGUGGACUCGCUAUUGACACCUUUAACAACCUGGUGGUUUGUGACAAGAAAAAAAAGACGUUGAAUGUCUUCAAACUGGAUGGAACAUUCUUGAACACGGCCACUAAUAAUAAUAUCCUCAGCUGUCCUUCGUCUGUUGCUGCCCUCUCGACUAAUGAAUCCCCGUGGCUUAUCAUUGCUGAUUCCAAAAGCAAAUGCGUCGUGAUGUUUGAUUAA